AUGCGAUGCGCGAGCAAGGCCGCCGAGAGCGCGUCCGCACGUCUCUGUGCGGACGCCGAUGCAAAAACCACAGCAUCUGAUGUCUCAUCGGUUGCUGAAGCGACUCAGCCUGUGUCACUUGGUGAUGCAGGCGCUGGUCAUGAAGACACUCAUGUCUUCACAGAGUAUGAGCUCGGUGUCUCAUACUCUCCUAAUACGGAAGACGGAUCCGUAUCGACGGCGAUCAAAUCCAAGCCGCCUGUCAAGCGUGGCACGGAUGAUGCUAUGCGUCGUAGCAUCUUUGGUUCAUCUGAUUCAUCAGAUGAACCAUCGCCGAAGCGAAGACGCUCGAGGUCGCGAGACUCGGGCGCUAACAGUGGUGUCGGUUCUCCUAUGGACACCACUUCUCAACGAGGUGCCAGUCCUUCUGUCGGCACGUCGCAGGAAGAGCGGGACCGCAAUGUCUUGCGUCUCGCUCCUGAGAAGAAGGCAUGGAUGCCUCCCAAAUCUGUCAUGGAUCACUUGUCGGCGACUACGAGUGAUCGUUGUCGAACACGGUUGUUCGAUUCGUCAAGAAUUCAUCACCUUGACCCCAACGCGAAAAACUAUCGCGCUGAACAUGAGUUCUUCAUCGAUGCUUUCUUUAGACAUCGAUGGUACAGUGGGAAUCACAAGCGUGAUGGUCCCUCACUACUUCAAGCGUAG